UUGGCAAGACCAGUAACAGUCGCGGGACCACCGAGAACACUUCAUUCUUAUUCAGUUGCAGUUUCGAGAGCUGAUAAGAUGGUGUUCGCCAACGCUUCCGGUCCUCAUGCAGAGGCCUACACCGGUCAGGUUGUCUUCGGAUAUCCUGAAGGUGUCACCGUGGUGGACCUUGUGCCAGAGAACAUCCGGCACAUGAUCCACCCUCACUGGAACAACUACCCUCCGGUCAACCCCAUGUGGCACUAUGUGCUCGGUUGCAUCUACAUCAUCCUGGGCUGUCUCUCCUUCUUCGGCAAUGGGCUGGUCAUCCUGCUCUACCUGAAGAACAAGUUCCUACGGACGCCUUCCAAUCAGCUGGUCCUCAACCUGGCCAUCAGUGACUUCCUCAUGCUGAUGACGCAGUUCCCCUUCUUCACCUACAACUGCUUCAGCGGAGGAGUGUGGAUGUUCAGUGAGACCUUCUGCGAGCUGUAUGCCUUCUUCGGGGCCAUCACCGGCAUCGCAUCCAUCUGGACGCUGUCCUUCAUCUCCUACGACAGGUACAACGUGAUCGUGAAGGGUGUGAGCGGAACGCCCUUGACCUCUGGAAGGGCCACCGCCUUCGUCCUCUUCGCCUGGAUCUACGCCAUCGCAUGGUCGCUGCCUCCCUUCUUCGGCUGGGGAAAGUACAUUCCUGAGGGUGAGUAUCUGGACUCCUGCUCCUUCGAUUACCUCACCCGCGAUGACAACCUUCGAUCCUACGGAAUCAGCAUCUUCGUCUUCGACUUCUGCGUACCUCUCUUCACCAUCGUCUUCUCUUACAUUUCCAUCGUGAAGGCCAUCUUCGCCCACGAGGCCGCCAUGAGGGAGCAGGCCAAGAAGAUGAACGUGUCCAACCUCAGGUCAAACCAGGAAGCCCAAGCACAGUCUGCUGAGGUGCGCAUCGCCAAGGUCGCGUGCACCAACGUGGCUCUCUGGGUGGUCUGCUGGACUCCCUACGCCGCCAUCGUCGUCCAGGGCCUGUUCUUCAACCAGGGCCCCAUCACGCCUCUCGUGACCAUGCUGCCCGCCCUCCUGGCAAAGUCCUCUGCCUGCUAUAACCCCAUGGUCUAUGCCAUCAACCAUCCCAAGUUCAGAUUGGCCCUCCAGAAGCAGAUGCCUUGGUUCUGCAUUCACGAGAACACCGAGACGGCCUCCUCCAAGUCCGCCGAGACCAAGUCCGUCGAGUCCAAGGAGGAGAAGGAAGAGGCUGCUUAAAUCCCACGACGACGACGACGACAGACAAAUGCACGUUACAAUGGAAUAGGACGGAAUUCCCCAUGGCGUCGCUGAAUGCGUUUCGCUGUCAUGGUUCUUACGUUUAUUGCAAUCUCGAUCAUCAAAUGACCAAUAGCUUCUUCCUUCGCUAAUCUUUCCUAUGACGAAAAUAAAUCUGGCUUUGGGCAAA